CCGCGCGCAUGCGUGGCACGCAACUGUCAAAUACAGUCGCAUUGAUGACAUCUUGGUCGUCCGCUGGCGUUUCGUCUUGUCGUUCGUCCUCAGCAAACUUCAACGAAAACGUGCACGUCAAAUAAAAUGGGUCGCAGCAGAUCGAGGAGCCGAACGCCCAGGAAACAUCACAAGAAACACCACAAACGCAGCAAGUCGAGGGAUCGAUCGGACAGGAGUUCCAGUUCGCACAACAAAACGUACAAGAUCAUCGACAAGCCGAAGGAACGGGCCCCGAAAAGCAGGAAACGCUCCCACUCGGUGUCUUCGUCGACCAGCAGUGAGGUGUCCAUCGACCUGACGAAGGGCGAGCGCCAUGCGAAGAAACCGUCCCGCACCCACAAAAUGGACGAGGUGGAGCGGCUGGCCGAGAUGGAGCGGCAGAGGCGUCAGAGAGAGGCGGAGCAGCGGCUCGUCGAAGAGGCGACCGCCAAACGUAUCGAGGAGCUGGUCAACCGCAGGGUCGAAGAGGAAUUAGAAAAACGUAAGGACGAAAUAGAGCGCGAGGUGACGAAGCGGGUGGAGGAGGCGAAGCGGAUAAUGGAGCGACAGAUGAUGGAGGACAUGGAGCGGCGUCGUGAGCGGCAACGCGAAGAAGAGAAACGGCGUGAGGAAGAAGAAAGGCGGAAACAAGAAAUGGUGGAGAAGAUAUUAGAGGAGAACCAGAGGAAAAUCGAGGAGGCACAGAAGAAACUGGCGGAAGAACGUCUGGCCAUGGUGGAAGAACAACGAAAAAUGGACGAGGAGAGGCAGAAGCUGAAGAAAGAGCAGGAGAAACGGACUAGGGAGGAGCAAAAAAAGAUCCUCGGAAAGAACAAUUCGAGGCCCAAGCUCUCGUUUUCCCUCAAACCUGUUAUUUAGUGCGGUGGUGUGUGUGUGUGUGUGUGAGUGACUGACUUCGAUUAGUUGAUAUGAAAUUGUUGCAAACUUAUUAAAACAAUUGUAACUUUAUAGGGAUUAUAUGAUAAUGCUUCUCUUGUAUUUUUAAUAUUUGGAUAGUGUAAGUAUGAUUGUUUAUUAUAAACAACCAUUUUGUACGAA